ACACCUACAACUACACUGACAGCAACACCCACAACUACAUUGACAUCAACACCUACAACUACAUUGACAUCAACACCUACAACUACAUUGACAUCAACACCUACAACUACAUUGACAUCAACACCUACAACUACACUGACAUCAACACCUACAACUACACUGACUCCAACACCUACAACUAUA